AUGCUGAAACACCGGAAUCAUACAGCAAAAUUUCCUUCAGAACAGCAGUAUAAAGCUCGAACGCAUUUCAUUUCUAUCUUCCUUACUCUCAAAAUGGUAUCAAAUACCACCGGUCGUUUCCGUAUUGAAGACUACUAUGUUGCUUGCGCAUUAUCCACAUUAUUUGCACUUAUAUCUAUUUUAAUAAGUCUAUCUAUAUUUAUUAUCGUGUGGAAAACAAAACCGCGUUUACAUACAAUAAAUCAUUUGUUAAUUUGUAACACAGCAUUUGCAUCAAUUGUGUAUUGUUUGGUUAUUAUAAAUAACUAUAUUUACUUACUAUUUGUUCCAUGGAAUUUAGAUGAUAUGAGUUGUCGAUUCCGAGCUUAUUUCGCUUAUAUCGGAAUAUCCGGCGUGAUUUAUUCAUAUUUAAUUCAAUCCAUAUCACGGUUGUUUGUCUCAAUAUUUUCAACAAAAUACCGAUUUUUAUCAACAUUCAGAAUGCAUUUCAUCCUGAUAGGUACUCAGUGGUUUGCUGUUAUUUUGGUUCCAUUAUCUGUUCUCAUCACAAAGGAUAUCCAAAUGACUCCAUUAACAUUAUGUUGGAUACCAGUGAAUAAGAUGAUACAUUUGAUUGUCAAUUUAUUGUUUGUCUAUGUGAUUCCGGUUGUAGUUAUUCUUGUAAUUUAUGUUUGCAUAUAUCAACAUGUUCGUGGAUCGUCAAGACGUGCAACGACGAUUACCAAUGCGACUCAUAGUCAAAAACGUGAUCUUCAACUUCUGCGAAAUAUUCUGAUUCUAUUAUUAAUUUAUCUCGGAGGAUCAUUAACCACGCUUUUGUACUUCGCCACUUCAAUCAAGGUCAUUUAUUUGAUUAGUUUAGUCAAUAUAACAUUCACUAUAACCGCGGAAAAGAUAUUUACACUAGUUCUAGAUCGCGAAGUUCGUCAAGUGAUUAUCAAUAUCGUACGUGGAACGACACCUGUUGUACCGUUUCAAAAUACAAUGACAACAUUCAACAAAUAG